AUGCCUCCCUCCAAGGCGUUGUCGGCACGCAAGCAGGCGCUGACCUUGACACAACUGGCCACGUACGAUGACAUCCUUACCGAUGCCAUUGUGGAUCACGUGUUCUACUGGACAACGAUUCCGAAAAAUCGAUCUUCUUACCAUCCUUCGCGUGGUGUGCGCGAAGACGAAAUUGCCAAGAUCAUACAGACCGACCUCGUUCUCAACAAGGACAUUGAUGCCGCCGAACACAAUCUGCUCACGACUGAUGGACUCCGAAAAUUCUGCAAUUCACUCAAGACCGAUAAGGAGAAGGCUGAUUUCAGAGGACAUCUGCGCCGAUACUUGAAUCUGUACCUUCCUGACUGCCCCUUCGAAGUCAACUCGACCAAUCGUUACACUAUUGUGUCCCAUGAAGCCGCUAUCACAGCUCGCCGCUUCAUUGCCAGGAAUGAAACAGUCAAGUACCUUUCUGGCGUUCAAGUUAUGAUCACACCCGAAGAAGAGCGUGAGAUGACCGCGCGGAAGAAGGAUUUCAGCAUUAUCAUCUCAUCACGAAACAAGUGCGCAAGCUUGUUCAUGGGCCCAGCCCGGUUCGCCAACCACGAUUGCAAGGCAAAUGCGAAGCUUGUAACUACUGGACAAGCUGGUAUUGAGAUCAUUGCGACCACCAACAUCGACGUCGGCGACGAAAUUACCGUCACUUAUGCCGAUAGCUACUUUGGCGAGGACAAUUGCGAGUGUUUAUGCAGUACCUGCGAGAGGAGACAAGCGAACGGAUGGCAUAACGAAGAGGAUACGACAGUGAAAAGGAGCAUAGAGGACCACUCGGCUGAGGGUUACUUGCUGCGGCGACGAAGGCGGGAUGAUAGUGUUGAUCGCGCUUCGCGUACGCCUUCUGUUAGUGCUGAUAUACGACCACGUGUUUCGAAAACUCGCCGAGGUCGCAAGUCAGAUCACAACUCAGCUGUCGAUCACUCUGCGGCUGCAGAAUCACCGCUGCCGUUCGCCGCUGCAACCAAGAAGCGAAGCCUCACUACGCUAACCCCACCGAUCACGCCUGCGAAGGCUUCGAAACUCUCGGCGAACAAUGCUAUUCCUGCGCCGAGUGAGCUAGAAAGCUCGAGGAGUUGCUCCGCUGGUUCUCCUCGCAGCCACUCCUUGUCCAGCACUGAUCAUGGCGCAUCUACUGAUAUCACGGAGCCGGAAAAACAGAGCCCUGAACCCCACUUGCUCAAGCCUCUGGCGGUUCGCAAGGAGGAUUUCUCUCUUCUGAAGCGUGAGGAGACAGAUGAGCGGUCUAGCACGACGCUGACAAAAAUUUCACUUUUCUCCUCGCCCGCAAACAUCGCGGCCAGUACAGAGUCUGACAGGCCUUUCGAUCACACCCCGCCCAGCACCAGACCUCUUUCAAUCGCAUCUCUUUGCAACCCGCCAUCACCCCCUUCCUCUCAAGAACUCGCAAAUACUACGAAUCACGCCAUAUCGGAGGCCACAACGGAGCCAGUGACCGAUCCCGCCCCAGUUGUUGCAAAACUUGAAGCUGCGCCGCCAGCGUUGGCAGAGCUCCCGAAGAAGCGCAAAUAUCAGAAGCGGACCUUUGUCAAGGAAACAACGCCUCCUGCCCGCCAUCGAAUCCCGGGCGACUACACACUAACGCCCCUCUUGCUUUCGGAGCCGGAGACGGCCUGGAUUCGAUGCAUCAACUGUGAUACGGCCUUCGUGCAGCACAACGCGUAUUACACCAAGAGUUCCUGCCCUCGCUGCGAGCGUCACUCAAAAUUGUAUGGUUAUCUUUGGCCAAAGACAGAGAAAGCCGGUCCGCGCGAUAAGGAGGAACGCAUUCUGGAUCAUCGUAUCAUUCACCGCUUCCUGCAUGCAGAUGAUGAGGCCAAGAUUCGUGGUCGAAAGCGCCCAGCAUCGAGCGCGGCCACCCCUAGCGAUGGGUCCGAUUGCGUGCUGCCGCCGAGAAAGCGACAGAAGGUGCUGAAGGAUACGCCGACAGACUCUGAUGAGGACUGUGGUCCUGUCAGACGCAGUGGUCGGACAAGGAGGGUCAGCAGUAGGCUCGCCGAGUUGUGA